AUGGCUGCAAUAGGGUCAGGUGGCCUGCUGGGCACAUCCCAGGCCUCUGCCCAAUGUGCAGGCUCUGAAGCCACCUUCCUGGAGCUACUGUCCAACAGCCAUAGCCCCUCGGUCUCUUGGGACCUGACUCAGGGUGGCCCUGUGCAGAUGCAAGUCGUGGUCAGCACCUGCUUGCUGCUCCUGCUCUCCAUCCUGGGUGGAUAUGUGUGCCCCACCCUGUCCGAUACCUGCCUCUGCCCACUGUCAGCCAACCAGUUGCUGGCAGGGCCCCUCCGGACCAUUUUCCUCCUUUUGAUGUUGAUUGUGCUCCUGCUGGUUGGCGUCCUUCAUGUGCAUGUUAAGCUGUUCCUGCCGGCUGAGGUGGAGGGGCCACCUGUCACCAACAUCAUGUUCCUCAAGACACAUAAGACAGCCAGUAGCACAGUGCUCAACAUCCUCUACCGUUUUGCUGAGAUGCACAACCUGUCUGUGGCGCUGCCUAUGGGUCCCAACAUCCACCUGGGUUACCCCUGGCUCUUCCUGGCAAGAUAUGUGGAGGAUGCCCUGCAGGCUGGGUCUCCCCGACAAUUCAACAUCAUGUGCAACCACCUGCGGUUCAACCUGCCUGAGGUGCAGAAGGUCAUGCCCAAAGGCACCUUUUACUUCUCCAUCCUGCGUCACCCGGUGACCCAGCUUGAAUCCUCCUUCAUUUACUACAAAAAUGUAGCACCUGCCUUCCGCGCUGUGCAAAGCCUGGACACCUUCCUGGAGGCGCCUCACCGCUUCUACAAGGCGGGGCUGGAGAACGUGUACGCGCGCAACAACAUGUGGUUUGACCUGGGCUUCGAUGGAGAUGCGCCGGCCGAGGAUGACUACGUGCGCGAGCACCUGGAGGAGGUGGAGCGGCGCUUCCAGCUGGUGCUCAUCGCCGAGCACUUCGACGAGUCCAUGGUGCUGCUGCGACACCGCCUGAGCUGGCAUCUGGAUGACGUCGUGGCCUUCCGGCUGAACGCGCGCAACCCGCGCAGCGUGUCGCGCCUGUCACCUCUGGGCCAGGAGCGCGCUUUGAGCUGGAGCGCCCUGGACUGGCGCCUAUACCUGCACUUCAACCGCACCUUCUGGGCCCAGGUGCACGCUGAGCUGGGCCCACGCCGUCUGCGCGCCGAGGUGGAGCAGCUGCGCACGCGCCGCCAGGAGCUUCAGACCCUGUGCCUGCAGAACGGGCCGCCCCGCAGUGGGGCGAGCAUCGCAGACCCGCAAUUGCGACCCUACCAGUCUGGUGACGCAGACAUCCUGGGCUAUGUCCUGCGACCGGGCCUGGACGACGCCACGCUGCACCUGUGCCAGAGGAUGGUGAUGCCCGAAAUUCAGUACAUGGCCCGCUUGUACUCGCUGCAGUUCCCCCAGAAGCCCCCCAAAAGAAUCCCCUUCCUGGAGCACUAG